GGCCAGGCGACAAGAGCCUCAAGACGACGCAGCCCGAGAGAGAUCCUCUUUGGCGAAGAAGGCUGCCCUGUUCAAAAACUCUCGAUUACCACCGCAACUGCCGUCGUUCAGCACUUCUCUCCCAACGUGGUCCAUGAUUUGUCGUGCUGCACACGCAUCGAAUGAUUGCUAUGACUCGCAAGCACGCACUCGACGGGGAACGUACACUCCAGCAGAUUCGUCCAAAGACAUCAAAGCAAUGAUUAUAGACGACCAGCUCAUCGACGACUCUCGAGUCGUCAUCGUCUCCAUACGCGGUACUCAGUUUCGGAGUCUCUCAGAUUGGGCCGUCAACAAGGCGGCGACUGCUGCAAAGCCCGUUGGAUUCCUGGACGACGAGGAGAAUGCAUGCCAUGCGGGAUUCCUUCAGGUCACCAAGGCAAUGGUGGGCCAAGUCGCGGCACAGCUGCAACAGCAUCCAGCUUCCUCGGCGCGGCCUUCCCUUCUGUUCACCGGCCACUCCGCAGGGGGCGCUGUGGCCGCAAUAUUGUACAGCCACAUGCUAUCGACCUCCGUCCACUCGGACUUGACGGCACUCGCAAGUCAGUUUCACAGCAUCAACUGCGUAACCUUCGGCGCCCCACCUCUCUCGCUGACGCCAUUGCCCCGACGCGCCCAUGGGUCUGGUGUUUUCCUAUCCUUUGCAAACGAAGGCGACCCGGUCCUUCGGCUAAGCAACGCCGCCUACGUGAAGUCGCUGGCAAAACUGAUGACCGCGUCGCCCCCUUCAUCCGUCACGAGCGCGACCGCGCCUCCGCCUGUCAAAGUCGUCCGCCGCUCCCGCGGCUCGGCAGUUGUUAGGGUUCAGACCCUUCCCGCCGCGCCGCCGACUCCGUGGGAGGAGCUUCCGCUGUGGCCGACACCGGAUGCUCCGCUGACCAACGCCGGCGACGUUGUCCUUCUCCGCGACCGGGAGAACGGCGGCGCGGCAGCGUCGCGCGUGACGCCCGAAGAGCUGAGGGAAGUCAUCUUUGCCGAUCUCGCGCAGCACACCAGUGAGAUGUACAUACGGCGGGUUAGGGAGGUGGCGCUUGCUGCUAUGAUGGGGAGGAUGUAAAUUAGACGUCCGACAUGGAGUUUGGACUUCAGCUAUGUAGAAUAUUGUUCUCUGAAAGCAUAUUUAGCAGGUC